AGAUUAUAAAUAUUAUGUUUACUAAUAUUAUUCUGCUGAGUACGUAGUGUUACCGGCUGCGUAAAACUAUUGAUGCAACGUAAUCUACUACAUAGCUAUUCCGUCCAGUAAAGUUCUGCGUACACGUGUAAACUUUUUUUUAAUUUUCUGUUAUAUCAUACUAUAUUAAAAUGGAAAACGAAACUGAACUUAAAGGUGGACAUCCUCAAGCAGUGAAAGCUGGUGGUAUGCGCAUUGUUCAACACAAAAGUAAUUCUGAUAAAGAAUCCAAGAGUUCUGCUUCUGAUGUGGCCAAUUCAGUCCUUAAGGUUUCUACAAGCCCUCCUAAACAAAAUGUAGUACCAGUACAUAAUCACAAUGAUUAUCCUACUCAAGCUGUUCAAAAGACUCAUAACAAACCAUUACCAAGUCACGAUCCUAGACAACAUCAUGCUCCAAAACCAACUAUUCAUCAACCAUCUAAGCAAUAGAUAAAAAAUAUUUGAUUGAUUCUUUUGAUACUGCACAAACGAUAAAAAAAAAAACAAGUUAUUGGUUAACUAUAACUAUAACCUUUUAUUAAAUUUCAUUAUUUUAUUAUCAUAAAAUAUGUUCAAAUAGUUUUUGUUCUUUUAUUUGAUUAGUUUUAUUUUGUUGUUUAUAGAUGAUACUUUCAUUAAUUUAUCACUUUAAAAGUUUUCUUAGGUAUACAUUUAUUUUUAUAAUGUAUUAUUAAAAUAGUAUAUUCUUACAGUCAGAAGCAUCAUUUUAUUGUGCAUUCAAUAAGUUAAUUAUUUUUAUGUAUUAAAAUAACUAUUUUGUAUCCAUUUUAACAUUUAAAGUAUAUGUAUACACAUAACAUUCCAAAUAUAUAUAUUUAUGCUAAU